AUGUCUUUCAAAGCUUUAAUAUCCUCUUCGAACAAGCAAUUCAUAUGGUCUAGAGUUAUUCAGACUUUAUCAUCCAUCAAUGAGAGCAUAAGGUUUACGAUCACUUCAGAUGAAUUAAUAUUGUGGUCUAUGAACUCUACGGAUACUACUAUGUGUGAAAUAAGGUUAGAAGCAGAAUUUUUUGAUGAAUAUAGCUUUGAACCUGGUUUAAUUGUAUUUGGAGAGGAGGGAGUUCAAAAUUUUAAGGAUCUAAGAGGUGUUGAACAUAAAAUGUAUUCGUUUCAGAUCAAUGGUCGCCACCUUUCCAUUCUAUCGCGUAAACCCGAUAAUGACAAUAUUAAAGAAUUCAUGCUGGUAAUUGACAAUACUACAAUAUGCCCUGAAGCCGUUGCAAAUAGGCUGCAAAUACGAAUUUAUACGGAGGCAUUAAUGACAAAGGAAUUUAACCCAGGUUUCCAACCAAUCAAAUAUGAUCCCGUAGUAAUCGAUCUAAAAUAUAAAAAGAAGUUUUUGGAUGUAUAUGCUGCUAGCGCCGAGACGCAGACUUCUGAUACCCUUGAUCCACGGUUAAUAGAUUACUUUGGAACAGUUAGGAAGCAGCUGGACCAGGCCAAAUUUAACCAAGGAAUUGUAGAUAUAGUAAGACCUAAGGAGCUUCUGCCGGCGGAUGAAAUUAAUUUCAUUAGUAUGGAUGGAUUGAUAUGGAAGAACUUUAUUGAUACAUGUAAUAACAUAACUGAAGAGAUCAGGUUAGAUUUAAAUGAAAACAAAAUGAUAAUUACGGCAUUCACAAGGGGUGUUUACAACUUAAAAACGCAGGAUGUAUUAAAACAAGCUGUCAGUAUAAGCAAUUCCGUGAACGCAAACGAUCUGGAACACUAUUGUCUAUUCACAACUUCACAGGAACAACAUAAAUAUGGGAGAGAUGGUCCUACCAAGCGUACUGUGUUUAAACUGAAAGAUUUCAAAAACUUUUUCAAUGCGAAUCAGGCAUGGAAAGACCAUUCUGUGGUAAAUUGUUGGUUUUGUUUGCCUGGGGACCCCAUAGUUUUUGAGAUGGAUAGAACUGGAGUCAAGCUAUCUUUGAUUCAAAUUACCGAUAAUAAUGCAAACUACGAACCUAGUGUUAAGGAUACUGUAAUACAUCCAAUAAUGAGAUCUCCCAAGAAAACCCACAGCCCGCUGAAGGCUGCAAAUCCAUGGAAGAAGACGGUACAACCUAUUGAAAAGACUUCUUUUGAACCCCCUGUUUUAAAAACCGCAGACAGCAUUAAAAAAUUGUUUGUUCAGGAGAGUCAACUAUCUGACCAACCUUUUAACUUAAGUCAGAACAAUCCAACCAACGGAAGCAACCCAAUGAGGCAUAACUACGACAAUCACAAUGUCCAUAUUGAUAUUAAUGACCUGCCAUGUCCUAAUGACGGACUGGACGGCAAUGUAGAACACAGAAAUGAUAGGUCUGGUACCGUAAUUGCUUGGGGUGCUACCGAGGUAAGAGAACCUAGUCCUGUUACAGACCAAAAAACAAUGCUACAGAAAGAAAAGCUAAAAUAUUUGGCCAACUUAAAGAGAAGAAAACUAGAAAACGGCAAAUUCGAGCCAGGAGAACAGGAUGAAGCCCAAAGCAACGAAGCUCAUGGAGCGGGAUGGAUUUGGUCCUACUCAACAAUAUCAACAAGAGGCUUGUUUGGCUAA